AUGCAUGGAAGCUCGGGGUGUAUCGUUCCCCGAUUUCAAGAUAUCCAGAUACCACCAGAAAGCAGAAAAUUAUAUGUACAUCUACCCCGGAAAGCAGGACGUCGCUUCACCCGGUCAUGCCCCUUCGCUACGGGACAGACCCCUCACCAAACGGUUAUGUCCCAUCUUUCGUUCACUCCCGGACAGACGCCCAACCAACCGGUCAUGCCCCAUACAACGUUCACUGCCGGACAGACACCCAAACAACCGGUCUUGUCCUACCCAACAUUCACUGCCGGACAGACACUCCAUCAACCGGUCAAUGUCGUACCCAAGUUCGUUCACUGCCGGACAGACACCCCACCAACCUGUCAUGUCCUACCGUACGUUCACUGCCGGACAGAAGACACCCCACCAACCGGUCAUGUCCUACCCAACGUUCACUACCGGACAGACACCCCACCAACCGGUCAUGUCCUACCCAACGUUCACUGCCGGACAGACACUCCACCAACCGGUCAUGUCCUACCCGACGUUCACGGGCGGACAGACACCCCACCAACCUGUCAGACACCCCACCAACCUGUCAUGUCCUACCCAACGUUCAAUGCCGAACAGACACCCAACCAACCUGUCAUGUCCAACUCAACGUUCACUGCCGGACAGACACCCCACCAACCUGUCAUGUCCUACCCAAAGUUCACUGCAGGACAGACACCCCACCAACCUGUCAUGUCCUACUAA